GACGCUCUUGUGUUUACGCUUAGCGGUCACGUUCACCAAUUGCUGGCUCAGACUGUUGGUCGCUGUAUUACAGACAACUCAGGAAUGGUGGCGGUCGUCAGUCAGUAAUUCCUCGCUUCUUUUACACUGUGGUUAGUUUGUACUUGCGUAACAAUGCCGGGGAUGUGCUCUGUGCCGGGCUGCAAGGGCUACAAGAAGGCGAGGUCCCGGGGAGUCGUGUUCCACUCUCUGCCCACAAGAGACCCGGAGCGAUGUAGAAAGUGGUUAAAGGCCAUACAGAACCCCAAAUUUGACGAAAACACACCAGUAAGUAAGUACGGUAAUAUAAGAGUCUGUAGCCAGCAUUUUAAACCGGAGGAUUACGAACCGGACAUACAGGCAGAACUUAUGAAAACAACGCCCCGAAAAAUCCUCAAGUCCCACGUAAUUCCGUCCGUUUUCUCUGGGAGACAGCAAGAGGAGCUCAGCACACCUCUGCCAGCAGAUGACAGGAGCCGAACAGAGGCAAAGGCUCCCAGUACAGCUGCACAAGUCUUUACCUCAGUGGUAUCAGGAUCCAGUGUGGACAGCGUGUUGCAAUGGGCUUCUGUGCUAACUUCAGGUCCGAGUACAUCUUCUCAGGCUUCUUCCUUGGGUGUUCAAGGUACUGGUAUGGAUACUAGAUCACCUUCUCCUUCCCUGCCACUCCCUAUUAGCACAGGAGCUCCAAGCACCUCAUCCCAGUCCCCUCCACCAGCUGAACUCAGUGAAAGUCUGUGCAGUGUGGCAUCUGUGGAUCGUCUGAAUGAGAGCUUCCACCAAGAGACUGAAUUAAGCUCGACAGCAACGUCAACAUCAGAUGAGAACACAGAAAAAGACUUGAGUCAGUCAAAGACUAUUGUGAAUGACAGCUGCUUGAUGGAGCUGUUUAAGAAGUGUCAGACAUGUGGACAGCCUAUAACCAAAAAGAAGGUGUCUCACUGUGGUGCACAGAAAAAGGUGAGGUGGAGCUGCCUUGGUGGACACAGAGGCAUAUGGAUGUCAUCACCUCACCUUUGGGAGGCGUUUCCUGAAAUCCACCUUCUUACGGCUCUUUCCGUUCUUUUUUCUGGAGGCACCUUUACACACUUUAAAAAAUGGGCCAAACAUCUGCACCUGAAUUUCAUGGGGCAUAAAACCUUUUUUGAAAUUCAAAAGGCAUACCUCAGCCCAGAAAAGAAACCAAUGAACAGGACUGAGCAGGAAGGGAUCUUUGCAAAGGGGGUCCACCAAAAGCCUGAAGGCACUCUUCGUCACAUUUCAGAUCCUCUGAAGAAAAUUAAGGCCAAGUCGAGGAGACGAGAGAAGGGAGCUCUAUCGUCGUGGUCAAGUUAUGAAAAGAGAUCCUCGAUAUUGAUGACCUCUACUGGAACGUGUAUGCAAGAGUCUACUGCACUAUCGAGUCUUGGACAUGCAUCGGCCUCUGAAAGAGAUAAACAGCGGCAGCAAGAUGAUGUUGAACAUCAGAGUGAAACUACACAUGUGGCAUCAGAGGUGGACUGCCUCCAGGACAGUUUUGAGGAGAUGGAGGUCACCAUUGACGAGGACGAAUGCACCAGUGUGAAGAACAGACUAUCUGACUUGGAUAGUGAUUUGGGAAAUGUCGUAGAAACAACUCAGCUGAGUGCUCCGGGAGCGGAUGACAGCUGUGAUGAAGACGUCUACGUACCAAUACUUCCUCAGAGGUCCACAACGUCCGAACUGUUACUGGAAUGUGAGGAAGAGGAGCUGGAGCCAUGGCAGAAACAAACUCCACAUGUUCACUUGAAACAUGAGGAUGAUGUUGGAGAGUUGAGUAAUGAUCAAACAGAUUGUAAGCCGGAGCCUUCACUUCUUCAGAGAAAUGCAGGGAGUACUUCACCACCUAAACUGAAAACACCAACUCCACAGCCUGUUGUCUUCAACAGCCAAGGCUUCAUUGUGGCUUCUCCCCAAUUAACAAGCAAUACUGAGUUCAGUGGCUCUCUCGGGACACAGCGCCGUGCCGGGAAUUCAUUUACAAUAGUGCCAGCUGCUCAGCAGCAACUUUUCCAGAAAGUAGCUACAGCGACAGUAAAACCUGCGGCCUGUGAUGUUGUCCACACUUGUGAGCUCCAUGAAAUCAGCACCAACCCCGUGUCCUUGCCCAGUGUCCAGAGUCCUGCAGUAUAUGCAACAUCAUCUACGCAGCUGGAGUCAGACCAGUCCAACUCACAGACCCCCUCUGUACCUUUUUCUCUGCCUUGCUUUACCGUACUUGAAUCAACUGGCACAUCAAACAAACAAUAAAUAAUAAACUUUAGUGCUCCAAGAGAACACGCUCCAACAGUUUUAAUGGGUAAGUUCACAAGUUGUUAUAAUUACAGUCACAUUCCACUUCAAAGGUACGGGUCUAAUUGUAAUAUUAUGUUCUGUAAAAUACAUUCUUAAAGCAAAAA